AUGAUUGUGGCAGACAGGACAAGAAAUGUAGUUGCUGUUAGAUGGUGCACAGCUGCUGUUAUUGACGAAGUGGAGGUGGAGACUCAUGCCGUAGGACUGAACUUCAAGGACAUACUCACAGCAAUUGGCAUCAUUAAAUCGUCGACUCUAAGAUUUGGGUAUGAAGCAAGCGGCGUCGUUCGGCGGGUGGGCAAGAACGUGACGAAUCUAAGUGUUGGCGAUCGGAUUAUGUUGAUGAGCACGGCUACCUUCAGCACAUUCCUUGUUGUCCCGAGUAUCCUCUGCGUGAAGAUCCCGGAUCACUUAACCUUCGUGGACGCGGCGUCGUUGCCAGUCGCUUACGCGACAGCGAUUCACGCCCUCAGGGACGUUGGCCAUGUUGACAAGGGCCAGUCCGUGCUUAUUCACAGCGGCUCUGGUGGCAUUGGGAUGGCGGCCAUCCAAGUUGCUCGGCUCCUCGGUGCCGAGAUCUUCGUAACCGUGGGUAGUAUGGAGAAGGUGCAGUACCUCACCGAGCAACUAGCCGUUCCGCGCCACCGUAUAUUCAGCUCCCGCGACGGGUCGUUCGUGGACGGGAUCAUGAUCGAAACACAGGGGCGAGGCGUGGACGUGGCCCUGAAUUCGCUCUCGGGCAAGCUGCUCCACGACACUUGGCGUUGUGUUGCUGAAUUCGGGACCAUGGUCGAGAUCGGGAAGCGUGACCUGCUCGAAGCCGGAAAACUUGAUAUGGGCAUAUUCUUGCCAAACCGGGGCUAUUGCGCGGUAGACAUGGACCAUAUCCGCGAAAAGAGACCGUUGGUUAUCAACCGACUACUAAAUUCAAUCCAGCAGUUUACGAGUCAUGGACACAUCAAACCUGCGACUCCCUUGCAUGUCUUCGAAGCCAAUCGAACAGAGGAAGCAUUCCGCUUCAUGCAACCCGGUCACCAUAUUGGGAAGAUCGUGGUUGCGAUGCAUAGUGCCUCUGGAUACAGCCCUCCCGAUAUUACUAAGGGACAACGAGAAGUUGAAUUCGACGAGGAUGCGUCCUAUCUUCUUGUCGGGGGCCUAGGGGGGCUGGGGAGAAUGAUCGCGAUCUGGAUGGUGGAGCGCGGGGCCCGUCAUCUGCUCUUCCUGUCACCUAGUGCGACACUCAACAACCAUGCUGGCUUUGUUCGGGAGCUGGUUAGCAUGGGAUGUCAAGUACAUAUGUGUCAGGGAAACGUAGCGGAGCCGACAGACGUGAAAUGCGCCAUCAUGUCCACGCCAAAGCCACUGAAGGGGGUUGUGCAAAUGGCUAUGGUCCUUUGCGAUCGGGCUUUUCCGCAGAUGACCCUGAACGAAUGGAUCGCUGUAACCGAACCUAAGGUACAGGGGACGUGGAACCUCCACCGGCAACUCUUAUCGGCCGGGGCAGAUCUCGACUUCUUUGUCCUCUUCAGCUCUCUAUCGGGCAUUGUCGGUCAGCCCGGGCAGGCCAACUAUGCGGCUGCGAACGCGUUCCUGGAUGCUUUUGUUAGCUACCGUCGGAGCAUCGGGCUUCCUGCAUCAGCGUUGGACAUUGGCGCCGUCACGGAUGCAGGCUACCUCUCAGAGAACUAUGCAGCGAUGCAAAAGGUGAAGGCAACAGGGAUGUUUGGCCUGUGCGAACAGAGCGUACUCGAUGCGUUCGCGUUAGCCGUCACCAGCACUUCAGAUGAGGAGCAGAAGCCUGCUGGUGGAGGUGGUAUUCGCGGUGAUAAGAUCAUGAUUGGGUUGCGUUCGAUUAUGCCGCUGUCGAACCCCGGCAACAGGUGCCCAUGGAAGAAGGAUCGGCGGAUGGCUGUAUACCAUAACACCGCUGGUUCCAAGAGCGAGCAACCUGGGACAAAUAAUACUCUGGGAAUCUUCCUCGCUUCGGCCAAGAGUGAUCCUUCAAGCUUGUCCGGAGCUGAGGCAAGUAAAACUUUAGCCACCGAAAUCGGGCGGAAGUUAUUCACGCUACUUCUGAAGCCACUCGACCGACUCGAUCUGCAGCUACCGCUGUCAGAGCUCGGCAUGGACUCAUUGGUUGCUGUAGAGAUGCGUAUUUGGUGGAGGCAGUCAUUCAGGUUUGACAUCAGUGUUCUAGAAAUGCUGAGCAUGGGGUCAUUGGAAGUCCUGGGUAGGCACGCGGCCAACAAGGUGGCGCAGUCCUUGCGUGGCGGAUCGGAAUGA